GCGCGCCAAAUUGUACUUCGCGCGACUUAGUUUUUCGACUCGCAGUCGCGCAGUGUAGAUGUCUGAAGCUUAGAGGUCGGCACGCGAUAUAUCAUCAGAGGUCGAGACCUCUUACAUAAUUGUUAUUCGACACACAGAUACAGCCUUAGAUGUGUUAAAACAAUGUUGACGAAGAACCUGACCUUCACUUCAUUAGCGAUAUAACCACUGCUACUCAGUAGUUAGGAAUAAGUCCCAGCUUGUUCAAACGUAUUUUCUUGCAAUAGCCCAUAAUGGAUAUCAGCUUUCAAAAUAAGCGCGUGCUUGUAACUGGGGCUGGACAAGGUAUAGGAAGAGAACUUGUAAAAGCUUUAGUCCGUUAUGGAGCAGAAGUUAUUGCUUUGUCUCGCACAAAGGAACAUCUUGAUACUUUGUGUCAAGAAGUAAAUGUGACUCCAGUGUGUGUUGAUUUAUCAGACUGGGAUACGGCUCGGGAAGCGGUGAGGAAGAUUGGCCCAGUUGACUGUUUAGUAAAUAAUGCUGCUGUUGCAUUACUGGACCCAUUCUUGAAGGCAAAACCAGAAGAUUUUGAUAAGAGCUUUGCUGUUAAUGUUAAAGCAGUGCUUAAUGUCAGUCAGGUUGUUGCAGAAAGUAUGAUUCAAAGAGGAAAAGGAGGAACUAUUGUAAAUUUAUCCUCUCAAGCUUCACAGGCUGCACUAGCAGAUCAUGCAAUAUAUUGCGCUUCAAAGGCUGCUGUAGACCAGCUUUCUAAAGUGAUGGCUCUUGAGCUUGGACCUCAUAAUAUUAGAGUCAACUGUGUCAAUCCAACUGUUGUAAUGACUGAAAUGGGGAAGAUAGGUUGGUCAAAGCCCGAGAAGGCAUCAACAAUGCUAUCCAAAAUUCCUAUGGGAAGGUUUGCUGAACCUGAAGAUGUAGUUAAUGCUGUAAUCUUCCUGCUCAGCAGUAAAUCUGAUAUGAUAAAUGGAAUAUGUGUACCUAUUGAUGGAGGAUUCCUUGCAUGCUAACACUGUUUAUAUGUAUCUUAUAAAUGACAGCUGUGUCAGAAGAACCAAAACUUCACACUUUAUCUAAAGGAAAAAUGAUAUUUUGAAUUUCAUAUACAAUAUUAAUUUAGCUUGUAAAUCAGAAAUAUAAGAGAAAAUUUGCAGUUAUACAUGGAACAGAUACAUAUUUGUUUUUGCAGUUGCUGUCAGUACUGACAAAUAAAAUUUGGAGUCACUCCUGUAACAAAACAA